AGUGGAUCGUUUGUUUCCGUAUAUUCUCUUAUUCAAGGUACAUGUAUAAUGAUAUGGUCACGCCUCACUGACCCUUGUCCCUUUAUUAUAAAAGCGCAUGUCAGUCAACAGACGGCAUUAUAUUUAGCGACCGUUGUAUUCGCGUUGUCGUCAUUUCACAUUCUGCUGCUCACUGUAUUAAGAACAACAACCCAAUCCAGCCAUCACACAGCCACAGCAAAACAAUCAACAUGGACGGAAACAAAGAAAAGAAUACGAGUUCUAUGCAGUUAGCAAGCAAGGAUGAAUGCAAUUCAGGCCCCACCAAAAAGCCUAUUUUCCUGCAAAUUCAAGAUGCAAAGACCGAGUCUGAUAACAACGCAAAAUACGCCGGCAAUGCUGCCAAGAUCAUGGGCUCACAUGCGGUUAUUUUACUGCCAUUUUUUGUGGGACUUCCAAUAGCUAUGCUCAUCAAUGGCGCUAUUCAUUUGGAUGAAUGCCCCGUCGAGCCAUACAUCCCCAUCUACAUGAUUGUGCAAGGAAGUUUAUGCACACUCCAAAUCAUGAUUACUCAUUCCUUGCGAAUUAAGAGGUGCUGUGAGAAGAGGGGUCAAAAUUUAAUGGAAGAGCGCACCACAGUUGAAAAGGUGAUUGGCGGCAUCAACUCUUUGAUUGGGUUGGUCAUCUUCGCGUUCUUCAUUGCUGGCAACAUAUGGGUGUUUCGUGUGUUGACUCCGAAUACUACCGACCCAACAGCCGUGACUUACUGUCGGCACUCUAUAUAUUGGUUUACCUUCGGCACGAUUGUAGCAGUGUACGGUCUCGUAGCACUCGGAAUCGUCCUGUGCUGCUGCUGUUGCUGUGUGGCUGCCUUCAAAGUAGGGAAGACUCCAGAGAUGUACAACCAUUAGCAUUUUCUUGAAGAAAGUAAGCUUUUACACGGAGUGGUGUAACCAGUGGGUGGUAUAGGGGGCGGGGUCUGUUAUCGGAAGCCUCCCCCAUUGUUUAAUUUGCUACCACAGGCCCCAAAUGAAAAUGUCUGUGACGCCACUUCUUGAUAACAAUGUUUGAGCCAAAUGCUGUUAACUUCGAUAACAAAUUAGUAUAUAGAAUCAGAUUCUUUUUAGAUUGUCUUUCUGGCAGGCUUUUAACUUGAAUUUAUUUUCGCUUAUGUCUUUUAAAAAGUGACAUAUUGAAUUAUUUCUUUCUUUCUCAGACAACCGGGAUUUGGUUACAUUUUAUACAUGUCAGAUGCAUUGACUGCAUGUUAAAGGAACAUGUUGCCUCGGAUCAGUCGAGUUGAUCCAUGAAAAGCGUUUGAAACCGUUU